AUCACAGAGGAAGUAUUUUAAAAAUUUUAUAUAACAUUACACCAUAAUACAUGUUUCCUACUUCUUAUUACGGUUCAAAAUUUUUUAAAAUUAGCCGAUAAUUGCAGCGAUAUGUCCACGAAAUUAAUAAAUCCGGACAACGUAAAGCCGGCUGUCGUGAUCAUUCCUGUCAUUGUGAAUGACCCUAUUUUAAGUCAAAUUCAUGUGCAUCGUAACCUUAUACCAUGUUCAUGUGCAUUUUUUCAAAAUUUCAGAAUCCGUAUUUUAAGCUGUGCGAAUAUUAAGUUCAAAUUAGCUUUUUCCAACUUUUGUUUUUUAAACGAAAAAUAUAAUAUUGUCUCCAUUUUCGAGGCUAUAAUUAAAACCCAUUUUUAGACUUGCCAUACAACAUAAACGCCAAUACACAGCAAAUGGGUGACAAUAGAUUGUUGGAUACCACCCAGGUUAUCAAUGGUAUUGCUGUGCUGCUCUCGUUUUUCGUAGGUUACAAAUAUGCCUUAAAAAAGCAUGAUGUCAACCAGGAUACUGCCGGUGCAAGGAGUACUAAUCAGGGCACAGGUGACGCUACCACCUCUGAGGGUUUUUUUGCUAGCUUUAGCAACAAUUACAAAAUGGUAUUGGUAGUGCGCAAUGACCUGAAAAUGGGUAAAGGCAAAAUAGGUGCACAAUGUGGUCACGGUGCUGUGGGUGCUUAUCAGAAAGCUAUGCAACGCAAUCCGCGACUAGUACGUGCUUGGGAAAAUACCGGUUGUGCUAAAAUUGCACUGCGUGUUGAAAGCGAAGCUGAAAUGAUGGCCAUUAAACGCGCAGCGGAAACGCACAGCCUGACAACAUGUCUGAUACGUGAUGCUGGUCGUACGCAAAUCGAACCUAAUUCGAAAACUGUACUAGCCAUUGGUCCUGCAACCGUAGAAGAUAUCGACAAAGUUACUGGUCAUUUGAAGCUGUUGUAAAUUGUUUCAUAUUUGAUCAAUCAAGAUACUCUUUGCGAUAGCAAUACGCUUAUCGUUUUAGUGUAAGCUCAACAGAAUAGAAUACGUAUGCGUAAUAUUAAAAUUUUAUAUUUAGAAUACAAUAAGGUGUUACUUUAUAUAUUAACUUGAUUAAAAAUACAUAAUUUAUUUAAUUCUUAUAAAUACGGUUAUUUAAAAAUUGUAA